ACAGAGUACAGAUUCCCCACUUGAGCUGAACCCACCAAUCCAACACCAAACCCCUUCAUCGCAUUAAACCCCAAAACCCCAUUAACUUUUUCGCGUCCCUUUCGAAUUUUUCGAUCCAGUUCUUCUUACCCAAAUGGCAAACUCUGAUUCUUCCACUUCUCUUCCCGUCUCUGCUCCACUUGCUCCGAAAAAGGAGAACAUCACACCCAUUGGUUCAAAGAUUGCUGAAUUGAAUGAAUCAAGGGCAGAGGUGCUUAAUAGGAUCCAGGGAUUGAAACAGGAUUUGCAAAACUGGAGAUCCAAAUUAGAUACCCAAGUCAAAAUCUACAGUGAUGAGCUGACAGAACUAAAGAAGACACUUAAUGUUGAAGUGGAGCACCUUCGUUCAGAAUUUCAAGAACUGAGGAAUACUCUCCAUCAACAACAAGAAGAUGUCACCGCUAGCUUAAGAAAUUUGGGACUGCAAGAUGUAUCAGGGGAUGCUAAAGACACCGACAACAAGAAGGUUGAAGAGAAGGAUGGGGAAAUAAAUACUGUACCUGUAGAGAACAAUGGCAAGGAAGCAGAGAACUAGAUGCUCACUACACUAUGGCACCCCUUGCUUCCAGAGGAGAUCAGUAUCCUGUCAACUUGAUCACCUUUGCUUCACAUUUGUCAGUUUAAAAAUGUGUGUACUUUCUUGCCUAGAAAAGUGCUCAUUUGAAUGAGUCUGUGGAACAAACAUCUAAAUUUCAAAUGUCAUUUGUGUUUUCAUCACCUAGCAAAGGAGAUCAACAUAUCUAGCAAAACAAUUAUAACUAAAUUAAUUGACAUACU